AUGAGUGAAAAUCAAGGGGAAAAAAAACAAAAGUUUACGAAAAAGUUUACGAAAAAGUUUAAAAAUAGUUAUAUAAAAGUUAAAGAAAUGAUUAAAAGGAAACGUAAUAUACCAAAUGAAAAUAUUCAACAACAUGGCAACAAUGAAAUUAAGGAAGAGGAAACAGAUACGAGUUCAAACUUACAACAAAAUCAACCUGUAGAAGGAAAUAGAGAAAUAAAACAUAAAAAUGAGAGCAUUGAUGAAGAACCUGAAAAAAAGAGACCCAGGAAAGAGAAAGAGAUUGAACAUGAUGAUGAUUCUAGUUCACCCAUAGAACCCAUAAACAACGACGAGAGCAUAGAAAUGAAACAGCGUAUAAAACAACUCGAGGAAGAAUUAAGCGAACAACAAAAACAUAAAAUUGAACUAGAAAAAUUAAAGCAAUCUCACAAAAAACUUGAAGAAGAAAAAGUAAUUCUUGUGAGUUCAAUUGAAAGUUAUAAGGCAAAUUAUGAGACAACUGCUAAUAAUAUUGAUUCUUUACAAAAACAAUUGGAAGAGAAGGAUACUGAAUUGAAAGGAAAGGAAGAUGAGUUUAUUAAGUUAGAAGAAAAAAAUGCCGAACUUAGAAAAGAAGCAUCCAAAUAUCAGUCAGCACUUGGUAACGCAACAAAUACUCGUCUUGGUGAUGAAGAUUCCGUUAAAUUUCGAGACGAUAUCUUAAGUAUACAGAAGACAUUGGAAAAUUAUGUAACUAAUUUGAAACCUAAUAUGGAUAUUGAUUAUGAAAAAGUACAAGUCCUUGCGCAAAAAUAUGGUUGUUCAACACCAGUAGAUAAAGGUCAUAAACCCUUUAUCAAAGCACUUUUACAACGCAAAGCAUUAGAUGAUAUAUUGGAACUUUCUAAGGAUUCUAAGGAUUCUGCUAAUAAAGGUGAAGAUGUUAAACUUGAAUUGGAUAUUGAAAAUAAGACACAAGAAUUGUUAGAAUUGAUUGAAAAUUUCUCAGCAAGUCGUUCUGGAACCGAUGAAAUCGCUAAAGUAGCAUCGAUAAAAGUACGUCAGCAGGUUUAUGGAAUUCUUGGUAACCGUGGGUUUGCUGAUGUCACCGAUUCCAAAGGAAGUCAUAUACAUGACUUUAUAAUUUACGUCAUUGAUAAUCUUAAUAAUACGAUGAAUCAGUAUCGUAAAAUUAAUGAUCCUGCUAAGAAAAAUGACACAGAAUCAAUAGCACCGAAGCUUAUCCAAGAUAUCUACAAAUUAUUUUUUUAUCUUGUAAAUGUCCAAGAACCUAGAGUUGAAUAUAAAUUUUGUGAAAUUGGUUCUAAAAUUGAUCCUAAUGUUAUGAAAGGAAAUUGGGAUGAGGAUGAUGUUCCUCAAUUAUGUGUAGAUAUUUGUAGUUUUCCAAUGAUUGGGCGUGAUUUGGAUUCCCCAAAUUGGAAAAUAUACACACAUGCAAAGGUAUUUCCGCACGAUCCUAGUAAAACAAGUUAA